AUGGAGAAGGAGAACUCCGCAUCGGGCGGAGGCGGCGGAGGUGGCGGAGGUGAAGCGGCGGCCACGGCGACUCCGGGCGCCACCUCCGCCUCCGAGAAACUCCAGGCGGACCAGGCCAAUCCGUUGCUCGAUCCGACUGCGCUCUUCGGUGCGUAUUGGCCGCGGGGCGACAGUGCAGCAUCGUCGCUUUUCGGCGGGAUGCCCGGUGGAUAUGGGCUGGGGGCCCAUCAUUUGCCAUCGGCUUACGCCAUCCUGGGCCGAGGUGGCUCUGCUCCCGGUUUUGGGGGCCACACGCCUGCGUCCGCGCCACCGCCACCCCCAUACUCACACAGCAGCCUUGGCACUUUGAGCGUGGCCGCCAGUCAAGCCGCGAGUUUAGGAAUUAAUCCCGCGAGCGCGGCAUGGUGGACGAUGGCCUCGCACCUGGCGGCACAGGACUACCUCGCGAGGUUACAAGGAGCGGCAGGACUACCCGGGUUUCCGCCUGGCGCCGAGAGCCUCCUGCCGCCCUAUCCUGCCUCUCUACUUAAUCCCCCGUCCCUUUCGUCCCACAAGUCUAGUAAGUCUAAGUCAAGCAAAAGUCACAAAGCUGCUGCGGCGGCUGCAGCAGCGGCAGCGGCGAACAGCAGUAGCAGCAGCAGCAGCAGCUCGACGACGCCGAGCAUCAUGACGAGCAGCAGUAUGCCGGUCUCGACGCAGGCACCGGUCACGUCCUCUCAUCACAGCACAUCGGCCAGCAGCACGACGAAUUCGCAAACGAACGUCGUCAGUUCAGCGAAAGAGGGCAGCGAUCCUAGCAGUAUACUUGGAGGUGUUCGGCUGCCUCCCGACACAGAGAUCAUCAAGUACACGUCGAGCAUAGUCGGUCCAAAGGUUCCUGGCACAACGAACCGCGGCAGAAAGAAGACCAUAUCCUUGGACACGCCGAGCGUGAGCGUCCAUCCGCCUCCGGUACCUGCUCUAAGCGCUCAUCAAACGAACACGACGACAGCGUCGUUGAUGAUGGAACCCAGAAAGUACAACCGUUCAGGGACCGAAUCGAACGACUACAGAGAACCGGUAGAUCGUGUAGAAGUGAUUAAGCUACCGGCACACUCGACCAACGGUUCCGUAUUACCGGCGCCGACGUCGUACACGACUACAAACGCGAACAGUUCGAACGAUUCGGACGCGCCGCUGAAUCUCUCCCUGAAACCCGCGACGACGAGCAGUAGCUCGCCGAUCUCCAGCAGUCAGCCUCUCAGUCAGCUCAGCAAUCUGAGCCAGUCGUUACUAGCCUCCGAUCGAACAUCGAGGCGAAAACCGGGCCCGAAACCGCGACGGGUGCCGCAAAACUCGGUGCCGGUGCCUGCGUCUCCUAGUCCAUCGUUGGCGCAGCUGUUUGCUGCCGCGGACUCGCCGCAACGGCCGAGCAGCGGCAGCGAGGAGAGCGAAAGCGCGAGCACCACCCAUCACAAGGACGGCAGACCGAGAAACCUGGGUCGUGGCGUGUCAAAACCGAAGAAGAACACGGUCGCCUCGCUGCUGGCUCAGAGCAGAGCCUUGGGUAUCAAGCCUACGCCCACCUUGGACCCGAGCGUGCCAUUGUCCCACCAAGUCUCAUUGCUGAGGUCGAACAUCCUCGCCGCUCAGCUGCACGCCUCCGCGACCGGCCAGGGGGACGACAAGAAUCAGCGGUCUUUGCAGGAGAAGAUGAAGAACAAGCUGCUCGAGGUGUCCGGCGAGGAGAGCAACAUGGACGUGACUAGCGAAAGCGGUAGUAACACCGACGCGGUGACGGACACCGACGACGACAACACGGACGGUGUGUCGAGCGCGAAGAGAAGAAAGGUGAAACCCAGCGAGAGGGAUCUUCAGGUGCCUCUGGACCGUGGUUGGAAACGGGAGACGGUGAUCAAGGGAUUAGGAAAAUCAGGGGUGAUAAAGGGUGACGUGUCUUACUAUAGUCCUUGCGGAAAGACGUUCAGGAGCAGUCCGGAUCUGGCGAAGUUUUUGGAGCAACAGAAUCCGCCGGAGUUGACGACGGCGAACUUUUCGUUCUCGUCCCGUCCUUUGGUGGGUGAGUUUCUGCAGCCGACGAUGGGCCUCGCGGAGGCGGAAUUCGUUAGGCUGGGCGCUCAGGAAGUGGCCAGGAGAUUGGAGGAGCUCAGGGCCGCGGGUGGCUUCAGGGACGUGCGGGUGAACAAUCAGUACGAACGGGAGAAGCUCGCGUACGCGAAGAAAUUGGCGAAGGAGGAGGCGCAGCGGCACAAGGAGCAGGCUAGACUGAUCAAGGAACAGGAGAAAUCGGAGCGUCAGGAGGCGGUCAGACGGGAGCGGGAGAUACGAAAUCAGCAGCUACUCGAGGCCCGGAAAAAACGGCAGGAAGAGGUGGAGAAGAUACGACUGGAAGAGCAACAACGGAAGCAACAGGAACGAGAGCUGAAGCGGCAACAGGCGGUGAUGUUAAAGGAACAGAUGUACAUGCAGGAGCUCACCAAGCAGCGCGAGAUGCUCUACACCGUCGAGCUGGAGAGGGAGAGAAGGAGACAGCACAUGGCGUUGGUACGAGCGUUGGAAAAUCGUCGGAAGAUGGAGGAAAGGGAGAAGAAACGGCUCGAGGCGAGGGCCGAACGAAUAGCAUCGAAAGAGAAACGCGCUGAACAGAGGAAGAUGGAGAUGGAAUUGAUCGAGCAGAUCCGGAAACCCGUCGAAGACAUGGAGCUGACAGAUCACAGACCACUGCCAGAAUUGAAAAGAUUACCUGGACUGAAGCUAUCCGGCCAAGCUUUCUCGGACAUCGUCAUGGUGUUCGAGUUUUUGCAUAAUUUCGGCGAAACCUUGGGCUUUGACAUGGACUCCCUGCCGAGUUUAAAAAGUCUUCAGCUGGCGCUUCUGAACGACGAAGAAGCGGAAGAAGAGAUGCUCUCCGUGAUGACCCACCUGCUUGUGUGCGCCAUAGAGGAUCCUGGUAUCCCCCAGCCAGCGAGACAUACGACAGGACUUGGACAAAGCCUGCGACAGGCGGACAUAACCCACGCGAACAUCAGCGAAGUAUUACGGAUCUACUUGUACGCGAACGCGACCGGCGAGGUGAAAGCAUUGACCGGUGUAUGCCUUGAACGGGAACGCGACAAGAAGUUUGCCGAUCAUCAUCAGAACGGUGGCGACUAUCCGUCCACCGGUUCGGGGAAGAACGCUCAAUUUUACGAACACCUGCACAACAACGAGACCUGGAAGAUGUCCGAGAGGCUGAGGGACAAACCGUUCCUCGCGCUUAACCCGACACACAAAUCCCAGAUGCUCGCGUUCCUCUGCAACGAGCUGCUGCAGAACAAGGCUGUGAUCAGACAGAUUGAAGGAAGCUUGGAGACGGUGGCUCAACUUAGGAAGGAGAGAUUCGUUCUGGACACCAAGAUCAGGAAACUCAGACAGUUACACAGCCGGAAGGUCCGAAUGGAAGCGGUCGGCGUGAUCGUGAACAAAAGCGGCGAUACCAUUACCAUAGAGAAGAAAGAAGUGGAUGAAGAAGGUAACACGACGUCGACGGCUGUGGGAACGACACCCACUCCCGAUGAAAUUCAUCAUGAAGACGAGGUGGAAGACAUGUCUGAGAACGAAAGCGAGGGAACACAGCCAGAGGAGGAGGAAGACAAAAAUUUAUCGGGCGAAGAGCUAGGCAAGAAACUGGAUAAGCUACUGAAGCAAUCGGAGGAGCAGCUACAGAAGCUGAAUAGUUCCUCGAAACAGUUACGAGCACACAUAUUCGGCCAGGACAGGUACUGGAGAAGAUACUGGGAGCUGGCAUGCGCGGGCGGCAUCUUCGUCGAGGCUAUGGAGAGUGCUGAACCGGAGAUCCUCGAGCUGCAGGCGGAAUUGGACGAAAAGUACAAAAACAUGCCGGUCGACGAGAAACCCGAGACGAAGCAAGAGGACACCAAAGGGAAUUCCGAGAACAGGGAGAACGAAGCCCCGAAUGAUGUGAAAGAGGAGAAGAAAUACAACAUGAACGAUCAGGAAGCGGACGUCAAGCCGUACGUAGAGAAAAUGAAGUGCGAAGUGGAGGACGUUAACUGCAAGAAGGAACACGUGCAGAAUUGUGGUUCGGAGAAUUCAACGAAUAUCAAGGAGGAGAAGAAACACGAAAUGGAUGGUAUGACCGACGCCAAGACUAACGUUACGUCGGAGGAAAUUAAGCAGGAGACAGAAGUGGUCAACAUGGACGUGGACGUAAAGGUCGAGGAAACGAAGAAGGAGAACGAAGAUACGGACGAGGACAUGAAACCCGUGAAGAUGAUGGAGGAUAAAAUCGUCGAGACGAUUCCUAACGGCGACAAGUUCAAUCACAUUAACAAUCUUCAUAACGGGAAAGAACUAAACGGCACGUUCAUUUCUAAUAACAGCAACGAGUCCAAUUGGUUCUCGAUCCUGCCACGCGAGACUUGCGACACUCCAGGGCCGAGUACGAAACAGAUCUUUGGGAUCGCUGAACCAACCGAGCUGAGAAUACCAGUUUUCCCGCCACCGGCCAGUCCGAAUUACGACAGAUGCGACAGUCCAGCGCCUCUGAUCCUAACCCAAGACGAGGCGGUGCAGCUGGAAUACUUAAAAGUGCACGGUCUGCCGCCUCCUGGAGAAGCUAAGCCUGUAUCGCAAGAUUUACGAUACGGUUGGUGGAGAAUAACGGACGUUGAUACAUUUCAAGAGCUGUUGGAACACCUUCAUUCUCGCGGUGUUCGCGAAAAGGAAUUAAAACGUACAACGUGGGCGACGAUGGAAUCGUUCCUCGCCGUCACAGGCAGAAUCAACGUUGAUCCUGGCAAUUUCACCGCCACUGAACUUCAAGCGACACCGGACGAACCCGACACACCGAUUCCGAAACCAGAUAACCCAGAAAUUUGGAGCGAGCAGGUCGCGUUACGUGUUGACGCGCAGCUUUUGGAGCAGGUCGAGGCUCUCGAGGACAAAGUUGCCAACGCCAGCAUGCAGGUCAAAGGCUGGAAGCUUCCUCCGCGGGCGGGAACCGAGGAGGCUGAGGAGAUUGAGAAGCUGAACGAGAUGGAGAAGAUCAGUGCUGUCGAGCAGGCACGGCAGAGGUUACUCUCUUUGGAAGCCGCGAUAGAGAGGAGAUACUUGAAGCCACCACUGGGCGUUUGCACGGGAGAUCCGAACUUGGCAGCUCUGAAGGCGGAACAAGCGGCGGCCGCGAACGCGAACGCGAAUAACUCGGAUCAAAGCAACCAGACACCGGCGCCGCAAGAGGAGACAACACCAAGAGGGCUGAACAACUGGCGCGAGGCGACAGCUCGAGCCCACACGUCGGCUCAGCUCGCCAUGGCGCUAUACAUGUUGGAGGCCAGCAUCGCCUGGGACAAGAGCAUCAUGAAGGCUAACUGCCAAUUCUGUCACAGUGGAGAUAACGAAGACAAGUUGCUACUGUGCGAUGGCUGUGACCGUGGCUACCAUACUUACUGCUUCCGUCCAAAAAUGGAAAACAUUCCUGAUGGUGACUGGUAUUGUCACGAGUGCAUGAACAAAGCAACAGGAGAACGAAACUGUCUGGUAUGUGGAAAGAGAGUUGGUAAAAACUUAGUGUUAUGCGAACUCUGUCCACGGGCUUACCACACCGACUGUCACAAUCCUGUAAUGCCAAAAAUGCCAAGGGGAAAAUGGUAUUGUUCUAAUUGUCACAGUAAACAACCAAAGAAGAGAAAUAGUAGUCGAAGGAGUCAUACCAAAGGGGGAGGCACCAGAGAAAGUGAAAGUUCUGAUCAUCCACCAGCUAGUCCAACGCCGUCAACGGCAUCGAACACGCACGUAGAGGACGUCAGUUCGUCGGAACCGGCAACCCCUACCGCGUCGCCACGGAAGGAGGGGAACAAUAGGACGCUCACGAAGAAACAGCAACGAGAGUUGGCUCCGUGUAAGGUGCUACUCGAACAGUUGGAGCAACAGGACGAGGCCUGGCCGUUUCUCUUGCCGGUGAACACCAAACAGUUCCCGACCUACAAGAAAAUCAUUAAAACGCCCAUGGAUCUCAGUACGAUCAAGAAGAAAUUGCAGGACUCCGUGUACAAGUCUCGCGAUGAGUUUUGCGCCGAUGUCAGACAGAUGUUCAUCAACUGCGAGGUAUUCAACGAGGACGACAGUCCUGUGGGAAAGGCCGGUCACGGGAUGCGCAGUUUCUUCGAAAUGCGUUGGACCGAGAUUACCGGGGCGCCACCACCGCACCCGCAAACGCAUAGCUGAGGCUCGGUUCGAUCUCGCAACACCUGCAACAGUUUCGCCCACUUCUACUACUAGAAGAAGGGGGUGCGUAGAGAGAGAGAGAGAGAGAGAGAGAGAGAGAGAGAGAGAGAGAGAGAGAGAGAGAGGCGCGCCGCCCAUCUUUCUGGAGGAAGG